AUGAUAUUUUCAGUUUCAUUUAGUUGUAGAUGCUGAAGUGAAUAAGCUGUAUUUGGUUUAUGUGAUUGUUUGAGAUAUUACUGUGCGUUCUCCCACUUAUUUUUAAUACGUUUUGAGCAGAAAAUCCCGUUCUGAUCAAACCUAACAAUUUACCAUAGAUGUUUGUUUAUUGAGAAGAAUCUAAAAUAAACAUUAAGAUUGGUCGAAGAUUUUUAAAUUGUGUUACGAUUUGGAUAAGAUAACGUUAAAUUUAAAAUAACGUUAUUGUAACUCGGUGGAAAAUCCAAUCGUCAAAUCAUGGAUGAUUCGUUUAAGGAGCCACCUUUGCCAGUAUUCAAAUCAAUAGACGAAGAAUGUACAUACUGGAAAGAACGAUACAAUGAGAUAAGACAAAAACUAAUCGAAACAAAACAAGAGUUCACCGAUUUUGAGGAUAAUUCACGUCAACUGGAGGCUGAAUUGGAGACAUGUCUAGAGCAACGGGAAAAAACAAUCCAAGACUUAAAACAUUCACUCGACCAACUGCAAACUGAUAACGAAUCAUUGCGGAAUAAAAUAUCCAAUUUCGAAACGGACUACAACUCAUUGGAGAAUAAACAUACACAAAUUACAAUGGAAUUGGAAGAGUUACGGGAAAAUACGCGUAAAGUUGAACAGAAAAAUGACGAUUUGGAACGAGCUAAUCGUGUAGUCGCGGCAACUGUAACAGACUUAGAAGCAAUGCUAAACCAAGCAUACGAAAAGAAUGAAUUUUUAGAGUUAGAAGUAGAAGAUAAGGAAACUUUGACAGUCAAACAUCAACGCGUCUUGGAUGAACUUCGUGAUCUGAAACAGGAGAUGAAAGUGAGAACAUCAUCAAAUACAACCAAUCCAAAUGAUAAAACUCCACUACAUUCCGAUAAUAUGCUGAAUGGAAACACUCCACCGAUAGCUAGUCAAAAAGCUUUCAACAUCAUAGCAGAUUCAUUGAGACGAAUAGACCAAAAAAUCCAAUUGCAGUUAAGUAAGUUACUCUGUCCGACAUGUGAUAAAUUGAAAUUCCGUUGUGUAUGCCCCAAACAAAUGACACCACCACCAUCUUCAACUCCGAUAAAACCACCUCAAUCGGAAUCAUCAUCUACACAUUCAUUGCAAACAAAUUUCGUUCGAUCGUCAAAAUCAACUGAUUCAAUUGACAUGGAUUGCGGUAACAAUUGUUUGCUUGACGAAAGCAGUCGAUCUACGUCGCGUUUAUUUCAAUCGUUCCAAUGGUCGAACGUUUUUAACGGCAGAAAUUCCAAAUCAACUAGUCAAUUAAAUCUUAUCAAUUGUGAUAAAAUGACAAUCGCGUCCUAUCCGAAUGCUAAUUGCGAUGCGCCGCAUAAUAAUCAACUGUUAAAAGAUAAUGGCCGCAAAAUUGAAAGCUUGUCAAGAGAUAAUGCCUCCACCAAGUCAACAACAACAACAACAACGUCGUAAGCAACAGCCGUACAUGACCACAGUACAAAAAUCAGCGUCGUCGAGUUUAAAAAGCCUAAACGGCAGUUUGAAUUAAUUCGAUUUUCUUGUAUUUUUGCUCAAUUAUUUUUUAAUUUCUUUUUUAAAUGCUUUAAAAAGACAUAGAUAUUUUCGAGAGAGUUAAACAUACAUAAUUAUAUAUAUACAUGCAGUAAGGAAUAAAGGAAAAAAAGCCCGAUA